AUGGCGCCGCACAAGGACACCAUGUUCCGCUCGGCGGACAUGUCCUUGACGCAGCUCUACAUAGCCAACGAGAUUGGGCGCGAAGUCGUUUCUGCCCUUGGAGAGCUUGGUAUCAUGGACUUUAGAGAUCUCAAUUCGGAGACGACCGCCUUUCAACGUACCUUCACGCAAGAGAUCCGCCGACUGGACAAUGUCGAGCGCCAACUGCGAUACUUUCGUGGCCAAAUGGACAAGGCCAGUAUCCCGAUGCGUUCGAUUUACGAUUUCGAGAACCCGUUCACCUCGCCUUCCGCCUCCGAGAUCGACGAGCUCGCCGACAAGAGCCAGCAGCUAGAAGAUAGGAUUUCCUCACUGAACGAGAGCUAUGAAACGCUGAAGAAGCGCGAAGUGGAGCUUACAGAAUGGCGCUGGGUGCUGAGGGAGGCCGGUGGGUUCUUCGAUAGAGCCCGCGGACAGACGGAGGAGAUCCGCCACUCGGUCGAUGACGACGAUGCGCCCUUGCUCCAGGAUGUCGAGCAGAACGGACAAGGCGAGGUCUCUGGAGACCGCUCCUUCUCCGUGAUGAACAUUGGCUUCGUUGCUGGUGUCAUUCCCCGCGAGCGCAUUGCGGCCUUCGAAAGGAUCCUGUGGAGAACACUCCGUGGCAACUUGUACAUGAACCAGUCUGAGAUUCCCGAACCGAUCAUCAACCCCGAGAACAACGAGGAGUCGAACAAGAACGUCUUCAUCAUCUUCGCUCACGGCAAGGAGAUCAUCGCUAAGAUCCGCAAGAUUUCCGAGUCUAUGGGUGCCGACCUUUACAGCGUCGACGAGAACAGUGAGCUCCGCCGUGACCAGAUUCGCGAGGUCAACGAGCGUUUAAGCGAUCUCGCCAGUGUUUUGAGGAACACCAAGUCAACCCUUGAUGCGGAAUUGACAGCCAUUGGCCGCAACCUUGCAGCUUGGAUGGUUGUUGUCAAGAAAGAGAAGGGCACGUAUGAGACUUUAAACAAGUUCUCGUAUGAUCACCAGCGAAAGACGCUCAUUGCUGAAGCUUGGGCACCUACUAGCUCCCUUGGUCUGGUCAAAUCGACCUUGCAAGAUGUUAACGAUCGAGCUGGAUUGUCUGUUCCUACCAUCGUCAAUCAGAUCAAGACCACGAAGACUCCGCCAACCUACUUUAAGACGAACCGCUUCACUUUGGCUUUCCAAACCAUUAUCGAUGCCUACGGCACGAUCAAGUACCGUGAAGUCAACCCAGCUCUCCCUGCCAUUGUCACCUUCCCUUUCAUGUUCGCCGUCAUGUUUGGUGAUGCCGGCCAUGGUAUAAUCCUUCUCGCCGCUGCCCUCGGUAUGAUUUACUUCGAACGGAAGCUGCAGCGUAGCAAGCUCGACGAGCUGUUCUCUAUGAUCUUCUACGGUCGUUACAUUGUCCUCAUGAUGGGUAUCUUUUCCAUCUAUACUGGUCUCCUCUACUGCGAUGCUUUCUCCAAGGAAUUGCCCUGGUUCAAGUCCAUGUGGGAGUGGGAAACGGACGGCAAGACCCUGGGUCCCCGAGCCACUCGUGUGGAAGGCCACACCUACCCCUUCGGCCUGGACUGGAGAUGGCACGAUACCGACAACGAUUUGCUCUUCUCCAACAGUUACAAGAUGAAGCUUAGUAUCCUGCUUGGUUGGUGCCACAUGACCUUCUCGCUGAUGUGGUCACUUGUCAAUGCCCGGUACUUCAAGACGCCUAUUGAUAUCUGGGGCAACUUUGUUCCCGGCAUGAUCUUCUUCCAGUCGAUCUUUGGUUACCUCGCCUUCACCAUCGUGUAUAAGUGGUCGGUUGACUGGGCUGCCCGUGGCAGCGACCCGCCCAGUCUUCUGAACAUGUUGAUCUACAUGUUCCUCAAGCCUGGCGACCUCGGUCAGGACCCUCUCUUCUCUGGACAAAUUGCUAUCCAGAAAACCCUCGUGGUUCUAGCCCUAAUUUGCGUUCCUAUCUUGCUUUUCCUGAAGCCGUUCUACCUUCGAUGGGAGCACAACAAGGCUCGUGCGUUGGGAUACCGCGGCAUUGGUGAGAGUACGCGCGUGAGCGCUCUGGAUGACGAUGAUGAAGAGGAAGGCCGCACUCUCAAUGGUGGACGUGAGAGCUUCGGUGACGAUGAAGAUGGCAUUGCUAUGAUUACGCAAGACAUUGGUCACGGCGAAGAGCACGAAGAGUUCGAUUUUGGCGAGAUCAUGAUCCACCAGGUCAUCCACACUAUCGAAUUCUGCCUCAACUGUGUUUCCCACACUGCGUCCUAUCUGCGUCUCUGGGCUCUCUCGCUCGCACAUCAACGUCUCUCCAUUGUGCUCUGGGACAUGACGAUGAAGAACGCAUUCGGCUUCACUGGUAUCGGUGGUGCCGUCAUCAUGGUGGUCGUCUUCUACAUGUGGUUCAUGCUCACUGUAGCCGUACUGUGCGUUAUGGAGGGUACAAGUGCCAUGUUGCACUCUCUCCGUCUGCACUGGGUCGAAGCCAUGAGCAAGCAUUUCAUCGGAGACGGUGUGCCUUUUGAGCCUUUCAGCUUUGAAAAGCUGCUCGAAGAGGACCCCGUCGAGUAA